AUAGUGACUCGCACUUCGUUGGCACUCGCGUCCCGUUCGAUGCGAUUGUGUGUAGUCGUCGUGAGAGACACUGAGACAGUUGGUUCCGCAAAGUGUCGAGCGUUCGCACGAGAAAAUGAGUAUUCUCGCGUACAACGGCGGUGCCGUGAUAGCCAUGAAGGGCAAGAAUUGCGUGGCCAUAGCGGCCGAUCGCAGAUUUGGCAUACAAGCGCAAACGAUAACGUGCGACUUUCAAAAGAUCUACAAGAUGGGACCGCACUUGUAUCUCAGUCUGCCCGGAUUGGCGACAGAUACCCAGACUGUCAUGGAGAGGUUGCGUUUCCGUCUAAAUCUCUACGAGUUGAAGGAAAACAGAAAGAUUCACCCUAAAACAUUCACUGCGAUGGUCUCGAAUCUUUUAUACGAGAGGAGAUUCGGCCCGUACUUCGUAGAACCCAUAGUUGCUGGAUUGGAUCCUGUCACCUUUGAGCCAUUCAUUUGUAACAUGGACCUAAUUGGAUCCAGAAAUAUGGCUGAAGACUUUGUAGUGGGUGGAACGUGUACAGAACAACUUUAUGGUAUGUGUGAGUCGCUGUACGAGCUGGAUUUGGAACCUGAAGAGCUAUUUGAAACUGUCAGCCAAGCUUUAGUCAAUGCAUUUGAUCGAGAUGCGAUAUCUGGUUGGGGUGCUGUUGUUUAUAUCAUAGAAAAAGAUAAAGUCACAAAAAGAAGUAUCAAGACACGAAUGGAUUGAACAUACAAUUUUCUUCUACACCAAUAUGUGCAGCAAAAGUCUUGUAAUCACUGUUGCAAUUAAGUUUAAGAAAUGUGAACGGAAACUUAUAUGAGAUCUUUUAACUAAUUCAAUCCUAAGAUCCCGUUUUCUUUCUAAUAUAUAUUAAAAUAUACCAACAGA